AUGGUUCCUCUAGGUGAUGUUUUUCGCUUCCACCCCAAUGGACUCAUCAUAAACUCACCAUCUGGACACAACAGCAUAUAUGGCACCAGGUCUAACGUCAAGAAGGGAAAAUUCUACGACGUUAUCCCCCACAACAAGGAGGCGAGAAGCACGCUCAAUACUAUCGACAAAGCUGCCCAUGCUAAGAAGCGAAAAGUCCUUAAUGCUGUUUUCUCCGACAGUGCAGUUCGCUCUGCCGAGACGUUUGUCAUCAAACAUGUCGACCGCUGGUGUGACUUGCUGCUUGACAAAGUGAAAACAGAGCCCAAGAACGCAGCUCACUUGACCGACUUCCUAGUAUUUGACAUACUAGGUGACUUGGCUUUCGGAAGAUCUUUUGAAAGCAAAGAGCCCGGACCCAACACCUUGAAAGCGAUUCCACACAGCAUUGCCUCUUAUGCUAUGUUCAUGUACCCGAUAACGAAGUCGCCAAUUGUAAACUUCUGGGUGUGGAUGAAACCCAGAGGCCUAGACAGUCUUCUCGAACGUAUGAAGACACCCGAAACCAGGAGAUUCGCAGACUUUGUACAAGCAAGUGUCGCAGAGCGAACCGAGCAAGAACAAAGGUUUCAGAAGGAAAGAAUCCAAGGACAAGAACCCCGGAAAGAUAUGUUUCACUAUCUCUUCCAAGCUCGAGACCCUGAGACUGGUGGGCCGGCUUAUACGCCCAUGCAAUUAUUUUCCGAAGCCACACUCCUUAUAAUCGCCGGUACUGAUACGACGUCUACUGCAAUGUGUACCAUCUUCUUCUAUCUUGCGCAUAAUCCCCGCGUCUACAAGAAACUCACACGUGAAGUGCGGGAGGAAUUUGGUGAUGCAGAUGAGAUCGUAGGCGGGCCUAAGCUUGCAUCGUGCCAGUAUCUUCGCGCAUGUAUCGAUGAGUCCCUACGCGUCGCUUCUCCAGUCCUGCCCGAGCUGUCCCGCGAAGUACUUCCCGGGGGUCUUAACCUCGACGGCACGUUCAUCCCAGCAGGCGUGCAAGUCGGGACGAGCGGCUGGUCACUAAUGCAUCAUGAUGAGAUCUUUGGAGACCCGUGGGUCUACCGUCCCGAGCGCUGGAUUGUGGAUGCGGAGAGCGGGGUUACAGCUGAGGAUGUCUCGAGAGCCCAGACGGCGUUUCAUCCAUUCUCUAUUGGCGCUGGGAAUUGUGUGGGUCGGAACCUGGCGAUGCAGGAGUUGCUCGUUACUGUUGGGAGGCUUUUGUAUCGUAUGGAUGUCAGGAUUCCUGCGGGUGAUUCUGUAGGUGCUGGGUCGGAGGAGCUUGGAUGGGGGAGGAGGAGUAAACGGAAUUUUCAGCUUAGGGAUGCGUAUGUUGCUGUGAAGGAUGGCCCGAUGUUGCAGUUUAAACGGAGGGAUAUUUAA